AUGACGAACCUGGCAAUCCGCAAUGAACAUCAGCAGUUCCCGCACUUCACUUCGGGCACCUGGGGAGACAUACCGCCGGGCGAUCGUUUUGUCGCCUUGGGCGACGAUCCAACAAUCACUCUAUGCUACGAGCCACAGAAACGGUCCCACGAUGACCUUAUCCGUGAUCUUGAACUCCUGUUGCGAAGCGCAGGCUCCAUAGAGCCUUUCUACGAGAAACGCUUUGCGGGACUCGAAGACAAGACCGAAAUCAGUAAGCGUUAUGAGAUCCAGAACUACGACUCACCUUCAACGACGACGAUCCACGAUCCCGUGUCCGAGCCCCUUUUGAAUGCCCUGGCAGACGCCUGCCCGUCACUCGACAGCGAUCAUGGUGGUAGCAGUGAUGGGACAGAGGAUGGAGAUGUCCCAACUGCGCCCGAAGCCGUCUCCAUAAUCCCCACAGCCUCUGGUCGUUCGCCAGCACAACGCGACAACCCACCUUUAUAUGCCAGCAUCCGCCGGGUUCUCAUCUCCGAUUCGUCGUUUGCAGAACGUAUCAUCGCUGCGAUAAAGCAAUUGCCGAUUGAUAAACGCCAAUGCCUUGUCGGAUACGAUGCCGAGUGCGUUGAUGGAUCAUCGUCGGGUCCUUCAAAGUCGGGCGACAGACCGUCGAAGAGACGCCGAACUGGUGAUAAAUCGAAACAAAACGGCAGCAGCAGCCGUGCAAAUGGAAAUGGAGGCACUGGAGGUGCUGACAACGACAAAGCUAACGACAACGAGGGCGAGGGGGAAGGGGACGGCGACGGCGACGGCGACGGCGAUGGAACCUCAUCCUCCGAUACGAUACCAAACCAGGACGAGAAGUGUGGUUGGAUCUGCCCAUUCUUCCUUGCAUACCCUGGAAUAGUUAAGAUCGGCCGCUUCAGUAACUGUUUAUCAGCUAACAUGACAGAAAGAUAUAUGUGGAAAUCACACUUGCUUACACACCAUUCCCAAGGAGAAAGGGGCGUCGACCUCAAGGCAGAGAAAUAUGCAAAGUUUUUUAUGACGUCCGAAAAGCUGGAUACUGUUAUUGAGAAGAUUGAUGCACAUAAUGAACGACCUCGAGACAAGGAAAAGCGGAAGAAAAGUUUGAUGGCUCUUUUUAUCGGAGUUUGGGAUACGAUUUUCCCCCCAAAUGAGUUUCCAGAUAUGAAAAGGCCUCUUUCUCAAUUUCAUUUCAACGAAGCCGAGUGUGCCGACCUGGGUCAGCAUUUGGCAAACCGGGUUGAGACUCUCGUAGAGGUUAUGUAUGGUGCCAAAGCCGAAGCGACAGUGCCUCAGAGCGACUGCCAAUCAGACAAUAUGAAAGAGAUAAUCUCUAAAGCUAUCGCUGUCAUAUUACUCAACUCGCCAGCUGCUACCGGAGCUACCCAGUGGCUCGCUCGUGCUUCGACCGACGCAGUAGAAGCUGCCGGAAGGCAACACAGAGACAACCAUGUAUUCCGACCAACGACCUUACAGUGCGAUGAACAGGCUGAGCCCAAGAAUGCUGAGACUUUUGCAUCACCGGAGAUACCGACAGUGCCUCAGACGCCUCAUAUCGCUCCUGCUGGUCCGGAUCCUACAUAUACUCUGCCUGUAACGUUGUUUCCUAAUGGAACCCAAGUAGAGUUGGUGCUCGGCAACGGAUCCCAGAUUCAGAGCAAUACUCAAAGGGUAUAUCUCGAAGUUUCAUCACCCUUCUACGUGGCAAGCAUGCGACAAGUCCCCUUUCAGCCUUCACCAAUAGGUACAGCCAUGACGAUGAAUCAAAUCUCAAGCACGCCCAACAACGUCAUCCCGUCGGCUGAAGCCUUAAUGCACAGUCAUGAUUUGACUGCAAAUGACACUCUGCUUGGGAGUCAAGGAGAUUUCAUGUCGAUGAUGUCAAGCGAACUUAUUAAUCCAGAGGAAUGGAAUAUAGAGAAUGUGUUGAGCAAGCUUGGCUAA